AUGUCAUCAUCCCCGCACUUUCGGCCCAUCAAGCGACUGCUGGUCGCGAAUAGGGGUGAAAUUGCUGUCCGCAUACUCAAUGCCGCACGCGAGCUUCCUGACCCAGUAGAGACCAUUGCCAUCUACACGCCAGACGACCGUUCGCACUGCGACCUGGGACAUUCAGAUCAAGCAGUUCAGAUCCCUUCACCAGGCUCAUAUCUGGAUAUAUCAUUUUUGAUUGAUCUCGUGCAAAAACAUUCCAUCGAUUCGGUGCACCCGGGCUAUGGAUUUCUCAGUGAGAGCGCGGAAUUCGCGCAGCGUAUGUGGGACGAAGCUGGUGCCAUCGUCAUAGGACCAGGCGCCGAGAACCUUGCUCGUACGGGAGAUAAGCUCCAGGCAAAACAACUAGCCCUCCAAUGUGCAGUCCCCGUAUUGGAGGCUAUGAGCCAGCCGACUUCUGACGUUGGCGAGGCUCGAGCAUUUGCUAUGCAUGUUGGCUUCCCGGUGAUGAUCAAAGCCGUGGAUGGAGGAGGUGGUCGCGGCAUUCGCCUUGUGCGCGAGGAGCGCGAUCUUGAUAAUAAUAUUCAACGGGCUAUUGGCGAGUCACCUUCUCACACGGUGUUUGUUGAAAAAGCUGCUGUGGAUGGGUUCCAUCACGUCGAGAUUCAGGUUAUCGGUGAUGGUACGGGUCAAGUGCGUCACCUAUGGGAGAGGGACUGCAGUGUUCAGAGGCGGUUCCAGAAAGUUGUUGAGUAUGCUCCUGCGUUAUCGUGUGAUCGUGGCCUGGUUUCUCAGGUGAUUGGCUGUGCAUUGAAGAUGGCGAGCCACAUUCGCUAUCUCUCUCUGGGUACCUUUGAAUUCCUAGUCAAUGAGCAAAGGGGAGAGUUCUAUUUUUUGGAAGUCAAUCCAAGACUUCAAGUGGAGCACACAGUUACAGAGUCAAUCAGCGGCCUCGAUCUAGUCCAGACUCAACUUCUGUUGGCCCAGGGACGAAAAUUCAAUGACCUUGGCCUUGGCUCCAGUGUUGACCCCAAAGCCCCGCCUCCCGCAAACUGCUUCUCUAUACAGCUUCGGCUGUGUGCUGAAGAUCCAAGCAAUAAUUUCGCACUCAGUAUUGGAAAGAUUACCGAGUUCCAUGUCCCCAGCGGGCAUGGAGUUCGAGUCGACACCCAUGUCUCCAGCACCUCUCCAUUGGUUGUCGGAUCAAAUUUUGAUAACCUUCUGGCCAAGAUCAUUAUUACUGGAUCAGGCUGGGAUGCAACUGUCCGGAAGGCCCAGCGAGUACUAAGUGAUACUAAAAUCGCUGGGAUAAAGACCAACAUCAAUCUUCUCCGUGGCAUUGUGGCGCAUACUGAUUUCCUGUCUGGCAAUGUCGACACUCAGUGGCUUGGGUUAAAGCUUGAAGAGGCCCAUCAGCUGGGUGAAAAUAUCUCACGAUCACUACGUGAUACACAAGGACCGGCGAUUUCUUCUCAGCAAUCUAUUGCACAGAGUGGAUUACCAUCAUCCAAUCUGUUAUUCCGUAGGGGAGACGCAUGGUCUAUUCGUUUGGAGCCGCUCCAGAAGGACAACCCACAAACACCAUCCAGCGUUUCACAUCAUCUGAAACUAUCUCGCGUCCUCCGCAAUGAAUUCCCCACAUCCCUUGUAGCUGAGAUUGAAUACACAACACCUGGCUCGAAGACCGCGAUUCCUUACCGAUUGCAGCUGGAUACCACGACCACCGCCGCAUCGGCACUCGUUUCUUCCUCUCAUCGUCGUGGAGAUCCGAGUAACCCCCGCCAUAUUAUUCUACCUCUCUCUGGAAAACUUAUCGAGAUGUUGGUCACGGAGGGGGAGGAUGUUGUUGAGAAUCAAGUGCUUGCCUUUGUCAAGCAGAUGAAGAUGGAACUGGAGGUGCGCAGUCCUCGGGCUGGGAGGGUGGAUUGGGUAUAUGAGAUGGAAGACGAUGAAGAAGAUGUCGCAGAGGGAAUGUUAUUGGUUGAAUUGAAAGAAGCGCAAGAUCAUGAGAAGCUCAAAGGAAAGCUGUAG